AUGGAUACACUUAAUCUUCGUCUUGCUGAAGAAAAAAAUUUUCAUAGUGAAAUUCUUCUAUUUUCAUUCAAUCCAGAACAUGAUAUUAUUGUUGUGUGUUCAGCAAAUGGCGAUGUUAUUGCUUAUCAAGCAUAUAUUCGUAAAGUUUGGGCAUUAGGUACUCGAAAUCAACGUAAAAAACCUGUUAGUCUAGCAUGGCGACCUGAUGGACAAGUUCUUGCUGUAACAUUUUCCAAUCGUUCACUUGUAUUAGCAUCAGUUCAAGAUGGUCAUUCAUUAUUAACUGAAACAUUACCAUUUGAAAUUCGUUCUUGUAAUUGGAUUGAACGACAGCAAGAUGAAAAUAAUCAUAAUGAAUUUGAAUCAAUACCUAUUGAUGAUUAUCUACCUGUUCUCGUAGAUUUACCAUCUAUUAAUCGAGCAAGAAAACAUGUCAUUGAUCCACCUGAUGAUCUUUUUUCACUUGAUAAACAAACAAAACUAAAUAUUUUAAUUUUAUUCGGUACAAAUGAUAUUCUUCUUCGAGCAUUUGGUCUUUGGCCAUUACUUCUUAUUAAUCGUACAUCAUUACCUACUGAUCAAAGUCUUUUAUCUGUUACAAUGUCAUCAUCACUUGAUACUUUAUGUCUGUUAACAAAAUGUGAUCUAUCAGUUAAUUAUUCAUUAUUUGAAUGUACAUCAUUUUUAUCUGAUUAUCAUCAUGAUUAUUUUCAUUUAACACGUUCACUUUGUCGUAUAAAAAGUUUAAUUUUAUUUAAUGAUAAAAUUUUAACAACAUUAACUGAAUUAACAACAAAAUGUUUUUCGGAUUUUCAAUCACGUGUUAAUACAUUUUGUGAAACUAUUCAACAACAAGAAAUAAAACAAUGGACAUUUCAAUGUGAAUUAAUGUCAUUAUUAGCAACAGGAAAUUGUUCGGAACAUAUGCAACAAAAUUUUUUUGGUAAUAUUUUUGAUUAUGGUUAUGCUAAAAAAUUAGUUACAUCGUUUGAUGAAACAAGAAUUAAAUCAAAAGAAUUAAUUGUUAUGUUUGGAAGAACAAUUGAACAUAUAUUUGGAUAUCUUGUAGAAAUUAAAGGUUUACAACAAUGGUAUGGAAAAUUUGAUCAAAUUGAAUUUGAUACAAAUAUUCUUCAAUCAUGUUUGUCUAAUGCUGGUAGUCUUCUUCUAAAGAUCAAUGAAUAUACCGAUUUCAUUCAUGAAAUGUCAGAUGUUUAUACUUUCUUCUUACGUUGGCUUGGUUUCGUUGCUCAUCAAUUACAUACAUCUAAACAUAAUACAAGUACACAUCAUGAUGAACAAAUUGAAUGUACAGAAGCUGAUUGGGAUCAUUUAAUUGAAUUUAUUGAUUCUUAUUGUUCAUUUGAUGAACCUGUACUUGAUAUAUUUUCCAUGUAUUUAAAAUCUGAAAAUUUGCCUGAAAGUCUUACACGUAAUUCUGCUUAUCGAAAACUAUUUGAUCAUUCAAACACUAAUACUAAUAACAAUAAACAUACUGUGUUUUCACCUAAACCACGACGAUCUUUAUUAGGUGCUUAUCAAGAUCUAAAACAAUCUAUUACUAAAGCAUUUGAAGUCCGAACACAAAAUUCAAAUAUUCAAACAAAUAAAUCAUUACCAUUACUUGCUUCAAUACCAAUUGAUCAACAAUCUUCUUCAACAAUUGAAUUUGAUCAUCGUCGAAGUCAACAUGCAAUUAGCUACAUCGUCCAACAAAAUUCUCUACAAUUUCAUUUAAUUAAUUAUACAUCAACAAGUAAACAAUGCAUCGUUCGAUUGAUUGAUCUUCAACAAAUUUUUGGUCCUCAUCGUUCCAUAGUUAAUUUUAAAUUUUAUGAUGAUGAUAAAUUAGCUAUUGUAUGUAGUAAUACAGCCGAUUUAAAUAAUGGAAAUAAUAAUGAAAUACCAUUAUUUAAUAAAAAUCAUCAAUCAAGCUUAAUGAUUAUUAAUUUUAAAUCAUCUAUAGAUUCUCAAACAGUUGAUUUCAUAGGAAAUAAUACAAAUAUUAUUUUAACUUAUUCAUUAAAAGAUAUACCAGCAAAAUUGACUGUUGAUGGACGACGCAAUUUAAUUGCAGUGUGGUCAAAAAAUCGAAAGCUUAGUACAUUUAUACAUAAUCCAUCGGAUGAUCUAACUCAAGGUUCAUCAUCGUCGUCAUCUCAAGCUCCAAGUCGAAUGGAUGAUGAAAGUACAUUAGUACAAUCAGGUUCAAUCACAACAACAAUGAUUUCAUCUCAAGAGAAUUCAAAUAAAAACUUAUUGAUUCGACAUGGUAGUAGUUCAAUAGCAGAUGAUGAUGAUGAUGAUAGAAAACGGAAAAAAAGACGAAAUCGUACAACAUUUACAUCAUAUCAACUUGAAGAAAUGGAACGUAUUUUUCAAAAAACUCAUUAUCCAGAUGUUUAUAUUCGAGAACAACUUGCUCUACGUUGUGAUUUAACAGAAGCAAGAGUACAGGUUUGGUUUCAAAAUCGACGUGCUAAAUGGCGUAAACGUGAACGAUAUGCUAAUCUACCACAAAUGCGUGCAUUAACUCUACCAACACCAAAUCCCUAUGAUAUUUCAUUCUUAUCCGCAACUAAUAAUCAAUAUCCUUCCUUGACAACCGGUAAUAGCUGGUGUCCAUCAUCAGCAACUUCACUGAAUCAUUUUCCUCUUCGAGAUCAUUAUUCAUCAGCAGAUACAUCAUCUACUUCUGUAUUGAUGUCCAAUGCUUUACCAAAUUUUAUGAAUAUGCCCUAUGUAUUUCCGUCAUUAUCACAUACAUCUUCAACAAAUAAUUUCAAUUCUUCUUCAUAUAUUGGAUAUAAUAUUCAUUCAGAUCAUCGAAAUACUUCUCUUGCAGCAUUACGUCUCAAAGCUCAUGAACAUAGUGUGGCAUUUGGUGGUUUAUAA